AUGAACUGGCCGACUAAGAAGAAGGUUCUUACCACCAUGAUGUACGGCAUGACCACUAUGACUGCGACAUGGGCCUCAUCUGCCUACAGCGCCGGCACGCGGCAGGUCGCCGAAGAAUUCCACGUCGGGAAUCAAGUUGCUGUACUGGGUACGACGCUGUUCUUGUUCGGCUUUGGAACAGGGCCACUUUUGUGGGCGCCUUUGUCUGAGGUCUUUGGCAGGAAGAUAGCUGUCUUGACGCCUAUGUGUGUAGCGAUGUGCUUCAGCUUUGGAAGUGCGACGGCGAAGGACUUCCAGACGCUGAUGCUUACGCGAUUCUUCGGUGCUUUCUUUGCGAGUGCGCCGGUCACGAAUACGGGUGGUGUGCUGGGUGAUCUCUUCAGCCCUGCGUGGAGAGCACUUGCCCUGGCUGGCUAUGCGAUGGCCGUUGUUGGCGGUCCAUGUUUAGGACCGAUCGUAUCUGCCGCCUUUGUCUCUAACCCUUCCCUCGGCUGGCGCUGGACCGAGUAUUUCACUGGCAUCAUCCAAGGCGCCAUCCUCCUGAUCGAUGUGAUCUUCAUCGACGAAUGCUACCCACCCAAACUCCUCGUCUACAAGGCACGCCGCCUGCGCCACGAAACUGGAAAUUGGGCGCUCCACGCUAAAUUCGAAGAAUGGGAUGUCAGUUUCUCUCAGCUCUGUCGCAAGUUCUUGGUUCGACCUGUGCAGCUCCUCAUGACACCGAUCUGCUUCCUUGUAGCUCUGUACGCUAGUUUUUGUUACGGAAUCCUCUACAUGCAACUCGGAGGUAUUCCCAUCAUUUUUGCCGAGAUGCGAGGCUGGCAUGCUGUGUCGUCCACAUUGCCAUUCCUGGGCAUCUUCCUCGGCGCGUGUUUCGGCUGCGCGAUAAAUUCAUAUAACCAGACGCUGUACAACAAGGCCUAUCACGCAGCUGGCGACCGCGCGGUACCAGAAAAACGUCUGCCGCCCAUGAUGCUUGGGUCGGUUCUCUUCGCUACUGGGCAAUUCAUCAUAGGAUGGACGGCUGACCCGCGGUUUCCAUGGAUUGCACCGGUCAUUGGUCUCGUCAUGCUGGGUACUGGGUUCUUCACCAUCUUCCAGGCGGCGCUCAACUAUCUUGUCGACACUUUCACAGAGUAUGCUGCGUCAGCAGUUGCGGCGAACACCUUCCUCAGGAGUUGUUUUGCAGGUGCUUUCCCUUUGGUUGUCUCGCCAUUGUACCACAACAUUGGUGUUGGACCGGCGAGUAGCAUCACUGGUGGGUUUGCGGCCCUCUUGAUACCAGUGCCCUUCGUGUUUUACAUAUAUGGUAAGCGUAUAAGGAGACGAAGCAAAUGGUCAAGAAAAAGUGUUUUUGACUAA